AUGCUCCGUCGGUCUUUGAAACCUUUUCCUCUUCGUAUCCCCUCUCCUUCCUCCCCCUCUACUUCGCGACUCAACUCUUUCUCCGCUGCCCCGAAGCGACUGAGUAGCCGGCCAUACUCUACCGCAGAAUCUCUUCCCACCCACCUCCCACCACCACAAACCCAACGCUCCCGUCUCCGCCGCUUCAUCGGCUUCACCUCACUCGCCGUCUUCGCAUUCACCGUCGGACUCACCUACCAAACCCAACUCACCCUCUCACGCAUAAUGGCCGCCCCAACCGAAGAAGAGACCCUGACGGCAUUCAUCGCCACCGAUCCCAUGACCGCAAAGAUUGACAGCACCCUGCGCACCCACCCCGUCGCAGAGGCUCUCCGCGCAAACUCCGAAUACACCGAAGCCCGCCCACACCUCACUAUCCCCGGCCCUCUGCGCGAGCGCAACCUGACCGCCGGAACGUUAGCCGGACCGGGGAAGAUCGUCGUGCCGCCAUAUGUCUUCAGUGAGCGCGACGGCAAGAGUAUGAUCUCGCUCAUGUAUCUCGGCGGUGAUGUCUGCGGUCAUCAGGGGAUUAUUCAUGGUGGUCUACUGGCUACAUUGUUGGAUGAGGGUUUGGCGCGUUGUUGUUUCCCCGCGCUGCCCAAUGGGGUGGGUGUUACGGCCAAUUUGAAUAUCGAUUACCGUGCGCCUGCUAUGGCGAAUCAGUAUGUUGCUCUUCGUGCGCAGACGGUUAAGGUUGAGGGCCGUAAGGCGUGGGUAGAAGGUCGUAUUGAGACUCUUCCCAUUGAUGAGAGCGAGCCGGUUGUUUUGGUUGAGGCCAAGGCUUUGUUCAUUGAGCCUCGGCAAGCUGCUGUAAGUAAUUCUGUCGGCUUUUUUUUUUUGACUUUGGGCUAA